UCUCCCGCUCCCCCGCCGCACUCGCCGCGGCCCGCGAGCGCCGGAGGCUGAGGGCUCGCGCCGCAGACCAGGUCGCAGGUCGGAGCCCGCGAGCCGGCGCCCGCGGCCCCGUGCGGACAGGCCGGCGGCCGGGAGGGUUUGGCGCGCGCCCGAGGCCCAGCUCCCCGAGUAAACGGCGCACGGAGCGGCUAUGACCGCCGAGGAGAUGAAGGCGGCCGAGAGCGGGGCGCAGUCCGCGCCGCUGCCUAUCGAAGGCGUGGACAUCAGCCCCAAGCAGGAUGAAGGCGUGCUGAAGGUCAUCAAGCGAGAGGGCGUGGGCACAGAGAUGCCCAUGAUUGGGGACCGAGUCUUUGUUCACUACACUGGCUGGCUGUUAGACGGUACCAAGUUUGACUCCAGUCUGGACCGCAAGGACAAGUUCUCCUUUGACCUGGGAAAAGGGGAGGUCAUCAAGGCUUGGGACAUUGCUGUAGCAACCAUGAAGGUGGGAGAAGUAUGCCGCAUCACCUGCAAACCAGACUAUGCCUACGGUUUGGCAGGCAGCCCUCCGAAGAUCCCUUCCAAUGCCACACUUGUGUUUGAGGUAGAGUUAUUUGAGUUCAAGGGAGAGGACCUGACAGAAGAGGAAGAUGGCGGAAUCAUCCGGAGAAUACGGACUCGGGGCGAAGGCUAUGCCAAGCCCAACGAGGGUGCUAUGGUGGAGGUCGCACUGGAAGGGUACUACGAGGACCAGAUUUUUGAUCAGCGGGAGCUCCACUUUGAGAUCGGCGAGGGUGAGAGUCUGGAUCUGCCUUGUGGGCUGGAGAAAGCCAUUCAGCAAAUGGAAAAAGGAGAACAUUCCAUUGUGCACCUCAAGCCCAGCUAUGCUUUUGGCAGUGUUGGGAAGGAAAAGUUCCAAAUCCCACCAAAUGCUGACCUGAAAUAUGAAAUCCAGCUCAAGAGUUUUGAGAAGGCCAAGGAGUCUUGGGAGAUGAAUUCAGAGGAGAAGCUGGAACAGAGCACCAUAGUGAAGGAGCGGGGCACUGUGUACUUCAAGGAAGGCAAGUACAAGCAAGCUUUGCUGCAAUACAAGAAGAUUGUGUCCUGGCUGGAAUACGAGUCGAGUUUCUCUGAUGAGGAAGCACAGAAGGCACGGGCCCUUCGGCUGGCCUCCCAUCUCAACCUGGCCAUGUGUCAUCUGAAACUACAGGCCUUCACAGCUGCCAUUGAAAGCUGUAACAAGGCCUUGGAGCUGGAGAGCAACAAUGAGAAGGGCCUUUUCCGCCGGGGAGAGGCCCACCUGGCAGUGAAUGACUUUGACUUGGCACGGGCUGACUUCCAGAAGGUCCUGCAGCUCUACCCCAGCAACAAAGCCGCCAAAGCCCAGUUGGCUGUCUGCCAUCAGCGGAUCCGCAAGCAGCUUGCACGGGAGAAGAAGCUCUAUGCCAAUAUGUUCGAGAGGCUGGCUGAGGAAGAGAACAAGGCCACGGCAGCAAUAGCUGCAGGAGACCGUCAUGCUGACGCAGAGAUGAAGGACGAGCAGAAGGAGGUGGCAGGGAGCCCGCCUCAGGUGGAGACGGAAGCAUAGCCUCUCCCCAGCCCUAUUCCUGCAGCUGCCUGCUUCCCCUGCUCCCUACUCUGCUCCACUGUUUGUUUUGUAAAAACCGAAGAAUUUUGAGUGAAUUAGACCUUUAUUUUUCUAUCUGGUUGGAUGGUGGCUUUGGGGGAAGGAGGAAAGGAGGAGUAGACUAGGGGAUUGAGGUGGGGUAUCAUUUUAGGUGUUUUCAUCCCCUCUUCCCCUCCUCCUUCCCCCAUUACAUAUGAACGGAUGUCCAUCCACACACACAUCAGAAUGUUAAUUUAUUUUGCUUCUUUUUGCUAUGCCUGUUUUUCAAAUGGUAGAAGGGUGUUAGUAGGGAUGUGGGGUUGGAUGUGAAAUCAGGGUGGAGAGGAUACCUCCUUGGGCAGCCACUUUCCUCCUCCUUUCCUCCUCCCUGUCCAUUUCUAAACAUGUAAACUCCAUGUGGGUGCUAGGGGCAUGGGAAAGACCACUGUUGUGCCCACUACUUCUCCAUUCCCUUCCUCACCCAGAUGGUGUGGUUGAUGCUGUCUUCUGGUGUCAUGGUGACCACCCCCUGUGUCCCCUUCCAGUAUUUUCCUCUCCAACCUGUUUCUCUUCUCAGCCAGGUUGUGACCCCAUCCCCACCCCCCUCGGCCUCUUCUCUGCACGUUGCUGAAGGUCCAGGCUCACCUCAAGUUCUACACUUGAGCAAUAAAGUGGAAACAAUAAAACCUG